AGAGGAUACGAAAUCGCAUUUUCCCUUCUCUCUCUCUCUCUCUCUUUCUCCCUCUCUCUCUCUCUUCCUUCUCUCUUGACUCGACCUCAUCGUCCGUCCAUGGCGGAGAACCUCUUCGAGGGUUUACCUCCCCCUUCCGCCACCCCCUCCGCCGCCGUGGAGCGUUCUCCUCCUCCUCCUCCCUCUGCGAAGAGACCGUCCCCUCCGCCUCAGCUCCCACCCCCCGCGCUCAAGAGCGCCCUCAAGCGCGACAAACCCUCCGAAUCGCACGAGGAAGGUGCGAUCAGUAGAACUUUAUCUCGAAUUCUGCCCGAAAAGAAGAAGCUAAGAUUCAAAACAACUGUUGAUGCGACGGAAACUCAGAUUAUAGAAGCGAUGCAAAAGAUAGCAUCGCACAUAAGGAAUCCUUCGAAGUUCGGCAAGGCAUCAAAAUUGGCCUUGCAAUUGAUACAGGCUGGAAGUGUCAAACCAGGAACCAGUGAUCAUUUUUUUGCUAUACUAGAAGGUGCAAUGGCUUCACCAUCGGCCUGUAACGAACCGGCAUUGCGUGCGGAUUAUCACACCCUGUUUACAGCAGUUCAGGAUGUGGUAGAGUGUUUUAGUGCACAACAGAAGAACUUGUUGACAACAUGGACGUUGCAUGCGGUGGUGGCAAAUGACCUCUAUACUGAUGACAGCUUUGUGUAUUCAAAAGCAGCAGGAAAGAUCAAAGAAGCCAUAUCAAGCCUCCCUCCCGCUACUGUGGAUGAUGACAAUGAUGAAGCAUCAGCCCUUGCUCUAGAUGGAAAUAAAGCAAGUGAUGCAGAGAACAAGGACACUAGUACCACAGAAACCAGUCAUUCUUAUCCGAAAAAAGAAAUUCCCGAUCCUUUUGGCUUAGAUACUCUGCUUCCAAGUACAUCGAAGAAAGAGAAAAAGGCCAGAGAGAAGGAGGUAGCAGCUUUGAACAGGAAGGCAGACGAAGAAGAAUCGAAGAGGUUUAUUAAGUCUCAGAGAGAAGCUUUACUAAAAUGUGUGGAACUUGCUGCACGUCGUUAUAAAGUGCCAUGGGCUCAGACUGUGAUUGAUAUAUUGGUUAAGCAUGCUUUCGACAACAUUGAUCGGUUCACGUGCCGACAACGAGAUGCGAUCGAGAAGCUGUGGGCUUCCAUAAAGGAACAACACAUACGGAGGAAGCAAGGGAAGUCGGUAACUGGGAAACUCGACAUGAAUGCUUUCGAAUGGCUUCAGGAGAAAUAUUCCCACGAGAAGAUCAGCAUCCGGCACGCUGUCGGCGGUGGCGGCGAGCGGCGGGCCGAGCAGUGGCUAGGCUAAUCACCUUUUGUUGAUUCAUUUGAUCAAAGUUUACGCCAAACUGAAGUUCGGUGUAUUCAUGUAUUCUGCGAAACUGAAAUUACCAUCCUAUGUGCAUGUAGCUCUCUCACUUCUCAACUUCCCGUUGAUGGGAAAUUUCAGCUGAUGUUGGUGUUCAUGGUUUA